AUGAGUGAAUUAGCAUCUCGAUUAAAACUAAUUCUUCAACGUAUCAAUGAAAUAUCAUCUUCUACGAAUUCACUUGUUCGUUUAAUAGCAAUAUCGAAAACAAAACCUGUUGAAGAUAUUAUUGAACUAUAUCAUGCUGGUCAACGUUAUUUUGGUGAAAAUUAUGUUGAAGAAUUAGAAACGAAAUCUAAUCAUAAAUUAAUUCGUAGUGAAUGUCCAGAUAUUCGUUGGCAUUAUGUUGGUCAUUUACAACGUAAAAAAGUUCCUCGAAUUAUAACACGUGUACCAAAUCUUGAUUGUAUUCAAACUGUUGAUUCAAUUGAUUUAGCUAAUCGUUUAAAUUUAAUUCUUAAAAAACAAUCACAAAAAUUAAAUAUUCUUAUACAAAUUAAUACAAGUAAUGAAAAACAAAAAUAUGGAAUUGAACCAAAACAAUUUCUAUCUUUAUAUGAAUAUAUACGAAAUAAUUGUCCAUUAUUAAUUUGUCAAGGUCUAAUGACAAUUGGUUCAUUAAAUAAUGUACAAUCAGAGAAUGAUCAAGAUUUUCAAGUUUUAACUGUAUGUCGAAAAGAUUUAUGUGAAAAGUAUAACUAUAAACUGAAUGAAAUCGAACUUUCAAUGGGUAUGUCACAUGAUUAUGAACGUGCUAUUCAAGCAGGUAGUACGAUGGUUCGUGUGGGUAGUUCAAUAUUUGGAGCUCGUUGA